GCCAUAAACAAAACCGGCUAUUCUCGGCCAUAUUUGUGCCCCGCAAAGGACACAAACAUGGCGUCGCCAUACAAAGCUUUGUAAAUUUGGGUAAAACGUUUUUCCUAAUAUCUCGCAUAUGAAAUAUCGCACAGACCUGAUUCUUGGCGAGGCCUUUUGCUUAUUUAUCUUCUUUUAUUUCCUAGAUUCGGGACUUUCUGUAUUGAAUGGUUUGCAAUUUUAUUUUUGAUUGCGUGACAGUGAAAACCGAGAAUUGAUCUGCAAACAAUGAUUUUAGAAAGGCUAAAAAAAAGAACAAGUUACUUACCCAGCCCUUCUUAAUAUCAAAAGCGUUGGUUUCCACAUUUUAUUUCUGCCAUAGCUUUAGAAGUAAUAAAGUAGAAAGCUGGAAAGCAGUUUACAUUUCACGACGAUGCCAAAUCGCAGAGAAAGACAACAACUGUGUGAAUUUCUGGUGUAGAAAGUCUCCAGGAAAACUUGACCAUGUGCCAACCAGCAACGAAACGGGUUGUUUUAGCAUUCUUGAUUUAUUUUAUGUCAAAAUUAAAUUCCUUAAUGAAAGAAAUUGUUCCAAAAAGAGAUCUCUGAUCAAGGUAUGGUACAAAAUCGGCCGCUGUAGGUUGUAAACGAGCUGCCAACGAUGAUGAAAGAUGUCAGAGUUUCGGGCUGGUUUUUUCCAACAUUUGCACAAAUUAUUCGGUGAUAUCGAUGCCAUAACCUACCUCAAACCACCUGACUUUACAAAUCGACAAGUAUUAACGACAAUUUGUGGCUACGGCAAAGAAACCUUUCUCCACCAGUGACAUAUUUCCAUCGGUUGCUGUCCGUGCAUAUAAAAGUUACAUGCGACAACUUCGCAAAUGCAGCCACGUCGUUACCGCAGCAUUUCUUAAUCAUAAUAAAGUCCAGAAAACAGAUCUUAAACCACUGCGGCUUGUACUAUGUGAAUGAAGUCCUCCAUUACAAUAGCUGCCAGUUCCGUCUGUAAACACGAAAUUCUUACGGAUCGACUCAACAAAAUACAGCGGCGCACAGUCUGAUGUUCAAUUAAUUUCUACUUCAGUAGUAAACAAACCAUGAACGUAUUUUUUCAUUAUACGUUCGCUUAAAUAAAUGUUGACUUUUGAUGUAAAACAGCUUUCAUAAGUUAUCAUGUAAUGAGUGCAUAAACUCGUGUUUUCAAGUGCUGCUGUUUGUUGUUUGAUUGAACUGAGUUUGGAGAAAGUUCAGCGCUAUUAAAUCGUGAGUCAUGAUUGGCUUAUGAUGACUUUAGAGAGAAGACAUGACUUGAUCAAGGUAUUAAAACCAUAUUUUUUACCUAAAAGACUCCAUUCUACUAAAAGUUAUUUUAUAAAAGCAAUAGACCACACUUUCUAUGGGUUUACCGGCGUGAUAACCCACUUGGGAUGUUGGGAGAACACUCGAAAAGCUUGUAAAUCACUCGCCUUCGGCUUGUGAUUUACAAGCUUUUCUCGUGUUCUCCCAACAUCCCGCGUGGGUUAUAUGACACAUGAUCGGAUCGGUUAUGUUAAACCCGUCUGAUCUGUUAUAUAACACAUGAGAAAACACACGAUGUGGUCUAUUGCUUAAAUAUGUUAUGUUAUAUGACACAUGAUCUGAUCUGUUAUAUGACACUCGAUCUGAUCUGUUAUAUAACAUAUGAUCUGAUCUGUUAUAUAACACAUGAUAUGAUCUGUUAUAUAACACAUCAUCUGAUAUGAUCUGUUAUAUAACACACGAUAUGAUCUGUUAUAUAACACAUGAUAUGAUCUGUUAUAUAACACAUGAUCUGAUCUGUUAUAUAACACAUGAUCUGAUCUGUUAUAUAACACAUGAUAUGUUAUGUUAUAUAACACAUGAUCUGAUCUGUUAUAUAACACAUGAUAUGUUAUGUUAUAUAACACAUGAUCUGAUCUGUUAUAUAACACAUGAUAUGAUCUGUUAUAUAACACAUGAUCUGAUCUGUUAUAUAACACAUGAUCUGAUAUAUAACACAUGAUAUGUUAUGUUAUAUAACACAUGAUAUGUUAUGUUAUAUAACACAUGAUAUGAUCUGUAACACACGAUAUGAUCUGUAAUAUAACACACGAUCUGAUCUGUUAUACAACACACGAUCUGAUCUGUUAUACAACACAUGAUCUGAUCUGUUAUAUAACACAUGAUCUUAUCUGUUAUAUAACACAUGAUCUUAUCUGUUAUAUAACGCAUGAUAUAUUAUGUUAUAUAACACAUGUUCUGAUCUGUUAUAUAACACACGAUCUGAUCUGUUAUAUACCGCAUGAUCUGAUCUGUUAUAUAACACCUGAUCUGUUAUAUAACACAUGAUAUGUUAUGUUAUAUAACACAUGAUCUGAUCUGUAUAUAUAACACAUGACCUGAUCUGUUAUAUAGCACACGAUCUGAUCUGUUAUAUAACACAUGAUCUGAUCUGUUAUAUAGCACAUGAUCUGAUCUGUUAUAUAACACAUGAUAUGUUAUGUUAUAUAACACUUGAUCUGAUCUGAUCUGUUAUAUAACGCAUGAUCUGGUCUGUUAUAUAACACCUGAUCUGAUCUGUUAUACAACACAUGAUAUGUUAUGUUAUAUAACACCUGAUAUGUUAUGUUAUAUAACACAUGAUAUGUUAUGUUGUAUAACACAUGAUCUGAUUUUUUAUAUAACACAUGAUCUGAUGUGUUAUAUAACACAUGAUCUGAUCUUUUAUAUGACACACGAUCUGAUCUGUUAUAUAACGCAUGAUCUGAUCUGGUAUAUAACACAUGAUCUGAUCUGUUAUAUAACUCAUUAUCUGAUCUGUUAUAUAACUCACUAUCUGAUCUGUUAUAUAACACACGAUCUGAUCUGUUAUAUAACACAUGAUCUGAUCUGUUAUGUAACACAUGAUCUGAUCUGUUAUAUGCACAUGAUAUAUUAUGUUAUAUAACACAUGAUAUGUUCUGUUAUAUAUCACAUGAUCUGAUCUGUUAUAUAACACAUAUGUUAUGUUAUAUAACACAUGAAGAACAUUUUUUUCCAUGAAGGUUGGACUAUGGUGUUCAAGGUUGUUGGUGGCCAACCAGGUCCUGCAGGUUACAUUUAUGAGCUCUGGACAUCAGCUGAUUCUUUGAACGAAGAUGUAACAAACGUUUUGGGCAUCAGCCGUUCUUUCCCAAUACCAUACAAGAACCGUCUGGUGUCCAGUUGGCAAACCACUAAACCAAAGGAGGUAAGA